AUGGCAGUGAUAGUGGACAAUCCCAGCACAAAAGGUUUUGAAAUGCAAAGAAUUCACAUGAGCAGUGAAUGGAGAAGGUUGUGCAGCUUGACUUUAAAGAAACUGGUAGUCUUAAAGGAAUUGGAUAAAGAGCUCAUACCUGUGGUCAUUGCAGUUAAAAUGCAGGGUUCUAAACGAAUACUUCGGUCUCAUGAAAUUGUGCUGCCCCCGAGUGGACAUGUGGAAACGGAACUUGCACUAACUUUUUCACUACAGUAUCCUCACUUCUUGAAACGAGAGGGCAACAAGCUUCAGAUCAUGCUGCAAAGGAGGAAGCGAUACAAAAACCGAACCAUCCUAGGCUACAAGACUUUAGCAGUGGGCUCCAUUAAUAUGGCUGAGGUUAUGCAGCACCCUACUGAAGGAGGUCAGGUUCUGAGCCUUUUCAGUAACAUCAAGGAAGCCACAGCCAAAGUAGCAGAGAUAUGGAUUUUCUCACUGUCCAGUCAGCCCAUAGACCAUGAAGACAGCACUAUGCAGGCCAGCCAGAAAAUCAAGUCCACAGAUAACUAUUCUGAAGAAGAGUAUGAGAGCUUCUCCUCUGAGCAAGAAGCUAGCGAUGAUGCUGUCCAGGGGCAGGAUUUGGACGAUGAUGAAUAUGAGCUGGGGAAGCCAAAGAAGCAGCGGAGAUCGAUACAACAAAACUUCAAACAGAAAGUGGUGGCAUUGCUGAGAAGGUUCAAAGUGUCUGAUGAAGUUCUGGAUUCAGAGCAGGACCCAGCAGAGCACAUCCCAGAAGUUGAGGAAGACUUGGACCUUCUGUAUGAUACAUUGGAUAUUGAAAACCCCAGUGACAGUGGUCCUGAAAUGGAAGAUGAUGAUAGCGUCCUCAGCACUCCAAAACCAAAGUUAAAACCUUACUUUGAAGGCCUGUCUCACUCGAGCUCCCAGACAGAAAUUGGUAGCAUCCACAGCGUCCGGAGCCAGAGAGAGCCCUCCAGUCCUGUAGAAGUGCCUGAAAAAACAAAGAGUCUUGGAAGCAAGCAUCCAGGCAACAGCAUCUCUGACACUGUGUCUUACGAGUCAAACCAGCAAGUGGAGACCCAGGAGGCUGACCUCCCCAUGUCAGACGUCUUCAUCGAGAAGCUCCCACCUAGUGGAAAAAUCACGAAGACGGAGUCUCUCAUUAUCCCUUCCACCAGAAAGGUGACUGUGCUGCUGCUGCUGUCAUUUAGCAGGCCAGAAGGGAAGCAAGCUGGCCGUCGGGGGAGGAGCACUUCUUUGAAGGAAAGGCAACCAGUGAGGCCACAGAAUGAAAGAGCCAACAGCUUGGACAACGAGCGCUCACCAGAUACCAGGCACCACUUGCAGAUCCCAAGGAAGACUGUGUAUGAUCAGUUGAAUCAUAUCCUGAUUUCGGAUGACCAACUGCCAGAAAAUAUUAUUCUGGUUAAUACUUCUGACUGGCAGGGCCAGUACCUCUCAGAUGUCUUGCAAAAACAUACCCUCCCUGUAGUCUGCACAUGCUCUUCUGCUGAUAUUCAGGCAGCUUUCAGCACCAUAGUCUCCAGGAUACAAAGAUACUGUAACUGCAAUUCUCAACCUCCAAAUCCAAUUAAAAUUGCAGUGGCUGGAGCCCAGAAUUACCUCAGUGCUGUAUUGAGACUCUUUGUAGAGCAGCUGUCUCACAAAACCCCAGACUGGCUCAGCUACAUGAGGUUUUUGAUCAUCCCGCUAGGGUCUCAUCCUGUAGCAAAGUACCUGGGCUCUGUAGAUUAUAGAUACAACAACUUCUUCCAAGACUUAGCCUGGAGAGAUUUGUUUAACAAACUUGAAGCACAGACCACUGUUCAGGACACACCUGAUAUCGUCUCAAGAAUAACCCAGUACAUAGCGGGGGCAAACUGUGCACAUCAGUUGCCGAUUGCAGAAGCAAUGUUGACCUACAAGCAGAAAAGCCCUGAUGAAGAAUCCUCCCAGAAGUUCAUUCCGUUUGUUGGGGUGGUAAAGGUUGGAAUAGUGGAACAGUCCUCGGCUACAUCAGGUGAUUCCGAUGACGCAGCUCCCUCUAGUUCCAGUGUCCUUUCCUCUACCCCACCUUCUGUGUCUCCUGCUGUGAAGGAAGCUUCCCCCACCCCACCUUCUUCGCCGUCUGUUACUGGCAGCUUCACUUCCUCCAGCCAGAGCCUUGGUGCUGAGCUGAUGGGACUGCAGGUGGAUUACUGGAUUGCAGCUCAGCCCACAGACAAAAAGAGAGAUCCAGAGAAGAAGGACCCUUCCACUACCAAAAACACACUGAAAUGCACUUUCCGGUCUCUCCAGGUCAGCAGGUUACCCACAAGUGGCGAAAUCACCACUGCUCCAACAAUGUCCAUGACAGUUGUGACGAAGGAAAAGAACAAAAAGGUGAUGUUUUUGCCCAAGAAAACAAAAGACAAGGAGAUUGAAUCCAAGAGUCAAUGCAUUGAAGGAAUUAGUAGGUUGAUUUGCACAGCAAAACAUCAGCAGAAUAUGCUGCGAGUCCUGAUUGAUGGUGUCGAGUGGAACGAUGUGAAGUUCUUUCAGCUGGCAGCGCAAUGGUCCUCCCAUGUCAAGCACUUUCCCAUCUGCGUAUUUGGACACUCCAAAUCCAAUUUCUAGCCGCUUUCAGCGGAAGGGCUUUCUGCCUGUCUGGAGACUGCACGCCUGCCCAGGAGCCAGGAAUCUGAGUGCCAACUCUGACUCAAGUCACUCUGCUCUCUCUCCUGCAGAUUACUUACAGAUGUGAUUACUUUUGAAUUACUUUUUUCUAUUAAUUCCUGAGUUUACUACAAGGGAAGGAAACCCCUUAAAAGCAAAGCAAAAAACAAUCCCAGUCUUAAAGUAGAAAUGUGCUGAUAACAUGGAAAUUAAUAGGGGAACCUCCAGAAGUGGAGCGACCUGCCUGAAACCUCUUAGAACUUAAGAGCAGAUAGCUGAAUAACUGCACUGCUUAUUAACCUGAAACCUCAUUGGUGUGUUUGGGGCUGGGGGUUCUGGAUUGGGUUAAAUGGUUUUUGUGAGUUGCUGGAGGAAGGGGUACAGGUGGCUGGGUGCAGGUGCUAUGACCUCCUUCAAAUUUGUGGAGAAAUUUCCAACACUUCCUCUGUCCUGCCCCUGAAAGAGUCAAGAGUAGUUUGGUACCAGAUAGCUUGUAUGCCAAGACUGAAGUAUGGGUCUGUCAA